AAUUUUAGAAAUAAAGAAGCAUGCAAUCUAUGUAGUAUUAAUAGUAGUAGUUGUAGCAGUAGUAAUAGUAGACUAGAUCUUUGAUGUGUUUUUUUCUUUUCAUACAUGAAAAUAACGAAAUAAUCUUCUUAUUAAUAUUAAUUACCAGUUGGUUAUUCUAAAUGAUGCUCAAAUAUAUUGAUAGCAUUUAAUCAAUCCUGUAUAUUGUACAAAGUAAACAUGAUCAACAAUAUGGAUAAUUGUCAUUAUUUCAAUGGUUAUUUUCAUGGGAUAUAAAAAAAUGUACUAAAAUGGGAAAUGAGACUAGUCAAACCUCUGGACAAGAGGAUAUUAACAGAAAUGAUAUUAAUCAUAAACGUAGUCAAUCAUUACAACGUGAUUUAACUGAUACAGGAAUUUCUUUAUUACCGAAUUCAUGUAAAAGUCAAUCACAAAUUUCUUUACAUGAAAUAAAUGAUUAUAGUCAAGAUAAAACAAGUUCAAAGUUAACUACAGAUACAUCAACAACUGAAAUAGCUUUACUUAAAACUGUACAAAUGGAAUUAACUGAUGAUGAAAAAGAAUGUAUACAACAAGUAUUAGCUAGAGCACGUCUUGUAGAAAUGAAUGAAGAUAAACGUGUUACAAAACUACAAACUGAACUAAAACAUACUGAGCAAGUUGUUAAACGUCGUGUUUCACUAUCAAAUCAAGAUGUUACAAAGCAAGUUUAUUGUUGUUUACUCUGUGGACAAACUCCAUUACCAGAAGGUCAAUAUUCUGAACAAGACUGGAAAGUAUGUCAUGAUUGUCAGAAUACUCUGUGCCCAAACUGUGUAGUACAGAUUGGUAAAACUGUUGAUUCUGAAGUGUUUUGGUUGUGUAAACUAUGUCAAAAGAAACGUCAAUUGACUGUCAGUUCUGGUAGUUGGUUACAACGUCUUCCUAAAAAUAAAAAUAAUAAACAAACGAAAGAAUUACAGAAAUUAAUACAGAAAACCCAUGGAAUAACACGAACAGCAUCUUAUUCUCAAUAUGAAGAUUUGAUUGAUCAGGUUAGUUUAGAUGAAUCUACAGUGAAUAGUGGUGAUCAAGAUGAACAUGUAGGUGAGGAAGAAAAAGAAGAAGAAUGGAAACAAUUAACACGGAAGGAUAAUACACAAUUUGUAAAAUCUCAUGAACAUUCUAUAUUAAAAAAUAUUCAUCAAAGAAGAACUUCAGAACAAAACAGUAUUAAAGAUAUGGUUAAAUCAACACACCGACUAUAUCAUUCCAUUUAUGAUGAUCAAACUGUAAAUAAUGAAACUAGAAAAGCAUCAGUGGGAAAGAAAUUUUUACGCCUAAAUGAUGCUGUUAUUCAUGAUGAUGACGAUGAUGAUGAUGAUGAUGAUGAUGAUGAUGCUGUUGAUAGGGAUAAUUAUAAAAAUCUAACAUAUCAAAAUCGUCUGCAUUUGUAUUUUACAAAACAAAUUAGUGAACAAUUCAGUGUGGAUAAUGAUGAUGAUGAUGAUAAUAAUAAUAAUGAUAAUGUGUAUGAGAAAGAUGAUCAGAAAUAUGAUCUUGUUAAUUUUCAUGAUAAAAGUAAUGAAUCGAAUCAAAAUGAUCAAUUUAAUGAAACAAUUUUACAUAAUAAUAAAUCAUCAACUAUAGUUCAACAACUACAUCAUGAAGAAUAUUAUGAUGGAAUAAACAUGAUUGAUGAAAUACAAAAAAUUACACUAACUGAUAUUAUGGAUGAAAAACCUUUUGAAAGGAAAAAAUUUGUUCAAUCUACUUAUACAAAUAUUCCUUUUGAUAAUAAUGAUCAAAUAGUUGUUACAUUGUGUACAGUCUCACCAACUAACAUAUUAUCACAACAUCAUACAGAUAGACAACAGUUUAUACCUGAAGAUUAUGCUAUCUCUUCAAUAGAUUAUCGGAAUACUCCUUAUAAUAAUAAUAAUAAUCAAGAACAUUUAACUGAGUCUAAUUCUGAUCAAAUUAUAUUAAAUGAUCAAGAAAAUAUAAUGGAAUCAUUUAAUUUUUAUUCAAUCAAUCAAAAAAAUGAUCAAUUUAAUGAAAAUUUAUUGAUUGAUCAAAAGUUACAACCUUCAUUAAAACAAAAUUCUAAUGAUGAUAUCUCAAUGAAAAAUGUAGAAAAAACAAAAAUAUUUAACACUUAUACACAAUCAUAUGAAGAUCAACCUAAUAAAAUUGGUUUAAUUAUACCACAAUAUAAUUCAGAUGAAUAUAAUGAAGAUAUUAAUACUACUACUACUACUACUACUACUACUAAUAAUAAUAAUAAUAAUAAUGAAACAAAUCACUUAUCUCAAUCUUUGUUCACCGAUCAAGAUUAUGAAAAAUAUUCAAAUCAUUUACACUUACAAUUCAAUAAUCAAUCACGUAGACAAUCAUAUCCAAUAAUUAUUAAUGAUGAUUAUAUAUUAUCAUCAUCUAAUCGAAUUAAUCAACAACAACCAUGUUUAACACCAAAAUCUAAUUAUCUUGAAGAUGUUCAUACUGGUGAUCAUGAUCAUGAUGAUGACGAUGAUGUUAAUGAUGAUGAUAAUGAUAAUGAAGAGAAAUUCAUUCAUUCAUAUUAUGAUCCAUCUAAUUCUUAUCAUUCCAAUAGGUUAUCUAAUCAUGAAAUGAAUUCAAAUCAUUUAAAUUUAUUUUUUCCAUAUAAUUUAAAUGAAUCAUGGGAUUAUGCUGAAGAUUUACGUAAAAUAGAUGAAAAUAUAUAUCAACGUACAAAUAUUUCAAAUAAAACAACUGAUUUUAAUGAUAUUACUUAUGAUAAAAUUAAUAGUAGUAUAUUCAAUGAAAAUGAAAAUAAUAUUAUUCCUACUGCUAUAUCGACAGGAACUAUUAAUGUAACUUCAAUUGAAAGUUAUUAUAUAAAUAAAACUAUACAAUCAUCAAUUAAAGAUCAUGAUAUUAAUUAUGAACCUUCAAUGAAUGAUCAUUAUUUAAAUUGGUUAAAUGAAUUAAAUUCAAAUUAUGUUUCUAUGAAUCAACAAGAUAAUUUAUUGAAUACUAAUUAUAAUGUAAAUAAACAUGAAGAUUAUAUAUCCGAGUGUUCACUAAUGAGUAAUAGUAGUUUACAAGAUACAUCAGUUUCAAAUUCAAUGACAACAACAACAACAACCAUUACUGGCAACAAUAAUAUUGAAUCAACUGAACAAAAUCACCUUUUAUUAAAACGUUGUCCUAAUUUUGAAAAUAUCAGUCGUUUAUCGAAUGAUAAUAAUAAUAAUAAUAUUCAACUAACGGAGAAACGUAGUAGCUUAUAUGAAGGAUUAAUGCAAUUGUCUGAUAUUGUCAAUGAUGAAAAAGAAGAUCUUGAAAUGAACAAUGAUACACCGACAAAAGUAUGGGGUCGAGAAUUUCGUGAUAGACUACAAAUAUCUGAUACAUCUACAUGUUUACCCUCCAAUUUAUUUGAUGAUAUAAAACCGGAAUUGGAAAUAUGGUCCAAUUUAUUUAAUACAUCAGAAAUUGUUGUAGAUACUGCUAGAGAAAUUUCUACACAAUUAAAUUUAUUAAGUACACUAGAAGAGGAUGAUGUAAAAGAAGAAGGAAAUGAAUUGGAAGAGAAAGUAGAAGUGAAUAUUGAAAGACAAGCAGAAAAUAAAAAAGAAAAUGAAGAAAAUCAAACAGAUCAUGAUCAAUAUGAUAAGAAUAAUAAAGAAUUAGUUGAUUCAAGAAGUCAUACGUUUAUAACAACACUUGAUAAUGAUAAACAAGAUGCUUUAAAAGACAAUGAAAUAAAUGAAGAUAAUGAAAAACACGAUAGUAGUUCAUCAAAUCAUUUCACUGCAAAACUGUAUACAACACAUAUAGAAGAUGAUACAGAAUUGCAUGAUCUUGAUAGGAUCUCCACUCAAUUGGAAACUCAAAUCAUUACUGAAGAAAAUGUUAUUUCUGAACCUUAUAAAAAAUUAUAUAAAAAUAAUGUUAUAACUGAUGAAAAUAUCGACCAUUUAAUAUUUUCAGAUACUCCAACUCAUACUACUUAUAAAUCAAAUGAAAAUAAUUCUAUGAUGAUCUCUUAUGAAAAUAUGAAAUUGAAAUAUGAAAGAAAUCAAUUUUCAUAUCCAUCAUACCCUAUUGAUAAACUAAUAGACAAUACUAAACAAAGAGAAGAGAAAUUUAACAAUACAAAAGAAGACUUGAACCAUUCAGACAUAUUAGAAUUCUAUGAACACGUGAUACCAACAAUAAAUUCUCCUAUAUCAUUGGAUAAUAAUUAUACUGCCUAUAUUAAAAGUCCAAAUAAUAUAGAUGAGAAGAAUAGCAAUAUUAAUGAAACUCUCUAUCCUUAUUAUCAAUACAAACAACAACAACAACUACUCAAUGAAAAAGAAGAUAGUCAUUUAGAAUUAACCAAUAAUCAUAAAGAAGAGAUGAAAAAAUCUAAUAGAAAGUUAAAUAAAAAUUUUCUAACCAAUUUUUUAGAUAAUAACUAUGAUUCUUUAAAAUAUUCUAUUGAUCAAUCAUAUUCUAACAAUUCAUUAUAUACAUUGAAUCAAUUUAAUAUUGAAUUACAAAAUGAUAAGAAUAAAACAAUCAGUGAACAAUAUGAUAUUGAUAAAUUAUCAAUAUCAAAUAAAUCAAUAGAAAAAUCAUAUAAUAAUAAUAAUAAUUUAACAACAUUUUCUGAUACUACUCAAAAUUUAUUCACUACUACUAAUACUACUAAUACUAGUACUACUAAUACAGAUACUAUUUAUAAUAUAGUUACACCAAUUUGUAUUGGAAUAAAACAACAAACUAUUAAUAAUUCAUUAUCAAUAACAAAACCAUUUUGUUGUUUUAAUGAAAAAUUAUUAAAACGUGCACAAUUCAUUUUAUCUAAUUCACCAAUUACUAAUGAACCUGAUCCAACUGAUACAUUAUUAGCUUUAACUGAAGACAAUAAUAAUAAUAAUAAUAAACAUUAUAAUAGAUCAAAUUUAUGUAAAUCAUCAAUAAAAAAUUAUUUUCUUUCAUUAUCUUGUCCACAAUCAUUAAGUAAUCAAUUAUUAGAGGAUAAUUAUGAUACUUUAUCAGAAUGUAGUGAUUUUUCAAUUCAUGUACCUAUAACAAAUUCAAUUAUUAAUGAAAAUUCUAUAAAUCAAUCAAAUUUAUCAUUAAUAUCUAAUUUUAAAGAAUUUUAUGCUAAUAAACAUUUAUGGGAAUCAUUACAUUCACCAUGGUAUAUACAUAUAUUAAAACGUAUUACUGAAGAAGCUAAAUUAACAUCAAUACCAGAACAAACAAUAGAUUACAAUAAUAUUCAUACGGAAUAUAUGUCAUCUUCGUCUAGUUCACGUGGUUCAUAUUUUACAAAUCAAAGAAGAAGACCACAUUCUUCUGCUUAUAGUUAUGAAGUAAAUAGUUUAGUAGAUGAUUUUCCUGGAACUUAUGAAAGUCCUAAUUCAUCAUCAUCAAUUAUUUAUUCAAAACAUUCUUAUAAUCAUAGAUCAUUACAUGAUGUAUAUCCGGAUAGAUUUAUUAAAUCAUUUAAUGAUGAUGACAAUUAUCGAAUAAAUUUUAAACCAACUUCAAAAAGUAAUUUGAAAUCUUCAUAUGAUUCACGACCAUAUAGAUCAUAUUCAGAGGCUGGUACAUCACAUCCUCAUUAUCAUCAACAACAACAUCAUCAUUAUCAUCAUCAACAUCAUCCUUAUCAAAAAGAUAAAACUGGUCUAGCAUCAAUUAUUCGUCAUGAUCGUCGAAAUAAGUUAGGAUUAACUCAUCAUUCUUCAAAUCGUUCAAAACACUUAAAAUCAAAUGAUUUUGAAAAUGUUUUACAACAAAGAAUUUUAAAAGAUUCUAAUAGAAAUAUAAAAUCAACAGAAUUUGAUAAACCAAAAGAUUCAGUGUAUUCAACCCGAUUGAAUAAAAAUUAUCAAGAUUAUGAAAUAAAUCAUAGAAUAAAAAGAGGUCAUUUAAGAAGUUAUACACCAACUUAUAAAUCAUUUCAUACUCCACAAACAAAAUGGUCAAAUGAUAAUAAUUUUUUAGAAGUCGGUUCAUAUUUUUCUUUACCUUUAAAUGAUUAUGGUAGAAAGGGAAUAAAACAUUCAAGACCUUCAUUGACUAAUCAACGUUAUGAUCCAUCUAGUAUAGAAUUUUCACUUCAUCAAAAAGUUCCGUCUGAUGAAUGGAAUAAAUCUGAUCAUUUAACUCGAAGAAUUGGAAAUCUAUCCAAAUCAACUGGUCAUUUAAGUCAUUUAGAUGAUUUAAACAAGUUUUCAGGUUCUACUUCUAUGCAAACGUUAAGAGCUCGAUUAGCUGCUGCACAUUCAGAAUUUAAUUUAGACUAUCGUGAAAAUAUAUCGGAUUCAUAUGAAUUACAAAAAUUGGAUAGUAACAAAUUUGGUUCACUUGAUCGUCGAACUGAUUCAAAUGACUUUACAACCCGACAACUAAGACAACAAGUAGAACAACAUCAUCGUCGUUUACUUAAAAGUUUAAUGACUGAUGAACCUUAUGAAUCUAGUUGGCCAUCUAGUUUUUCAAAUUUUGAUCUUCAAGGAUAUUUAAACUCAUACUGUGAUGAAUCGGAAAUGCGACCAACAACUCUUAUUUCAUCUACUUUAGCGCCACCAAUAUUUUCUACAGCUUCAACAAGACUCCCGUUAAGUAUUGAACAAGGUAAAAUAGAUGAAACAAUGAUAGAACCUACAAACUAUACAUCUACAACUGACCAACAGUUUUUGUCAGUACCAAAUAUGUUAAGUACAUCAAAUUUGAAUUCUACCGCUCCAGUAGUAUUGCCAAAUCAGGUACCUUUAACAAAUAAUUUAGUUGACAAUAUAAUGAAUAAUACAAUCAUAAAUCAGCCUACACCAGUCAGUUUAAAUGAACAAAUACCAGUUUCAAAUAACACAUUAAUCGAGCUUAUUAAUAAUCCUGAUUUUAUACAAGCUCUUACAUAUAAUCCAGAACUUAUUAAUCAAAUAAAUUCAAUGUGCCUAGAUCUCGCGCCAGCUGAUUUGAAUCAAGUAACCUUAGCAGCUGUUGCUGGAGCAAUUGCAGCCACAGCUGUAGCUGGUUCUGGGAUGUUAGAUAAUAAUACUACUACUGAUAAUAUUAAUAAUGUAAUUACAUGUCAACCGACUAAUGAACAUAUUAUCAAUAGUCUACUACAAAAUACAAUCGCAUCAGAUCAAAUAAAUAAUUAUCCAAGUACCGGAAAUUUCAUUUCAAAUAACAAUAAUACUGAUCUUAUGAAUAAUGUUUCAUCUAUAAAUUCUACUUAUUUACCAAACAGUCAUAUUAUUAAUGAUAUUAACAGUAAUAAUAACAUUCCAAGAAUGAAUACUUCAUUACCUGAUGGGAAUUCUUGUGUAGACACUAUAAAUCCUGAAUCAAUCGAUAUACUGAUUGAACAAGUACGCAAAUUAUUAAAUGAACAAAACAAAUGUGAUUUGAUUAAUCCGUCAACUUCAAUAAAUAAUACUGUUAUUAAUAAUAACAAUAUCAAUACUACUACUAGUAGUAGUAUACCUUUUAAUAAUCAAUUAAUAUCAUCGUUACCAUCAUCAAUUUAUCAAACAAAUCAAUCAAUAAUGAAUGAAGAUAAAAUACAAAAUCCUGUAGAUAUUUAUUGUAAUAAUUAUCAAAAAUCAUUGAGACAUAUACCAAAUCAAUCAGUUGAUGACGUUAAUAAACAACAAUAUAAUAAAAUGCCUAGUGAAACAAUUAAUAACUGGCUUGGAUUAAGUGAUGAUGAAUGGAAUUAUAAAACUUAUAAAGAUAACACGAAAAAUCCGAAUUCAUGGAUAGAUAACAAUACUACAUGGCCUUCAUUCAAUCCAUUAACUAAUAACAAGCCUAGAUCAGUAAUACAACCUACAAAAUGUACAUAUGAUUUUCCAACCAAACGACUAUUAUUAAUGCGUGAAUCUAAGGAUAGACAUCAAAGAGGGGGCGGGAUUGGUAUGCGCAUAGUUGGUGGACAUAUUCGAUCAGACGGUAAUUUAGGAGCAUUUGUUGAAGAAAUUUAUCCAUGUGGUCCAGCUGAUCAACUUCAUGGAGAGAUAAAAGAAGGUGAUGAAAUACUUGAAUGGAAUUCAAUUCCUUUAGUCGGUAAGACAUUUGAAGAAGUACAAGCUAUCAUUAGUCAAGUUUCUGAAGAAACAGAGUUACUUGUCAGAGCAGAUUAUACCCAAGGUGAUGAUGAGGAUGAUGAAGGUGAAGAUGAUGGUGAAGAAAUAGAAGAUGAAGAAGAUGAUGAAGAUGAAGAGUAUGAUGAAGAAUAUCUUGAUGAUGACGAUGAUGAUGAAGAUGCAACAUCUUUAAUGAAGACUUGUGGUUCAGGAUCAACUGGGAAUAGUGGGCGAACUAAUCGAACACAUGCCUUAUGUCAUCAUCAUGCAGCACAACAUGCAUUAAUGAGUCAAUCAAAAGGUCCACCAAUUUGUCCACAUAUACGUCAGCAUUAUUUAUCUAUGCCAUCAAGUGAUCAUCGUUCAAUAAGUCAAGUUGCACAUAGUUCACAUAAACUACAUUCAACAAAUGAACAACAAAUACAAGAGGAAGAUAUUGAAGAAAGUAGAUUAACAUUGAAUAAUAACACUAUGAAUUGGUUUGAAUCAAAUUCUCCCAAAAAAUCUAUUAAUCAAUCAUCACCAUCAACUGUACAAGAUUCAAAAUGUACUAAACAGUCAAAUACUUCUGAUAGUGAUAAAUUAAAUAAUAGCAGAAGAUCAUCUAAAGGAGGCCGUGUAAAUGGACCACGUGGAAGUCGAUCGUCUAAUAAUGAGAAACAUGAUGAUACAAUAGAAUAUGGUGAGAUUGAAUUAAUACUAACAUUUGAUGAUUAUGAUCAAAGUUUAACUGUACAUGUUGCACGUGCACGUAAUCUUCCAGCGAUGGAUUUAAAUGGUUUAGCUGAUCCAUUUGUAAAAGUAAGACUACAUCCAGAUCCAACGGAAGACCCUGAUUUUAAUCGUCAAACAAAAUAUAUGCCUAAUACAUUAACACCUGAAUGGCAACAGACUGUUGUAUUUAUGAAUUGUAUAAAACGUACAUUGAAACGACGUGUACUUGAAGUAACUGUAUGGGAUUUUGAUCGAUUAAAAACAAAUGAUUUUAUGGGACAAACAAUUAUUAACCUUGGUGAUAAAGAAUACCUAGAUGGUAAACCUCAUUGGUUUAGUCUUCAUGCGUUAAUGCCAGUUGUUAUACCAAUUCCUAAAAAGUCAGUAUCUUCAUCGAAAACUUCAUCUGACAGUUCAAGACAAGCUAAGAGCUCUAAGGACAGUAGUUCUAGAAGAAGUACAGUGAAUAAAUCACCGAAAGAUCAACUUCAGUCUCAAAGAAUGAAUAUAUGACAUUGAAAUACAUCCGUGAUAUAACUCAAUCGUAUAUAUAUAUAUAUAUAUAUAUAUACUGACUAGAUAAUUAAUAGGUUUAUGUCUGUCUAAUUGAAUCCAACUAUUGUUUCUUUCUAAUAUAAGCAUACAAUAUUGUAUACUUGCAUAAUAUACAUAUAUCAGCUUCUCGAAUAAUACUGUAAUAAAUAUCAUGAAUUAUAUGGUUAUGUUGAACUUUAAUAUGAUUAUAAGAAAACCUUCAAUUUUGUCAUCAUCAUCAACAUCAUUAUCAUCACCAUCAUCAUUAUCUAUAAUAUAUUCUAUCUUCUUUACAUUCCAUUAUUUUGUCUUAUGUAUUUAAUUUCAACUAUUAUUACGAUUACUAUUACUAUAUAUGACAAUUUUUUCUUCUUCUGAUUAUUGCAAUAACAGAUCAUAAUUGUUAAUGAAUCAAGACAUUUUUUUCACUUUAUUGUUUAUUAUCUUCAAUAUUCUGCGGUGUUAUACAUCGGUUAUUUUGUUUGUUUGUUUUUGUUUUUUGAAAAACGACUACUUUAUGAUCUCAUACUAAACUGAUAUUUAUUUAUGUUUAUAUUCGAUUACUGUUAGAUAAUAUGAAAUGAAUAUAUAUACAUAUAUAUAUUUGGAAAAACAGAGAUUUUUAAAACAAAUAUAUAUCUUUUUAUAAUGAGACUAAAUAUUUUCGGUUUGUUUAAAUGCUCCUCAUCACUUUCACCUCUCUUGUACCCAUCUACCUAUUGACUUAUAUUUUUCACUCAAAAGAAAGCAAAGUUGUAUAUAAUGUAGAAGUUUAGAAUUUAUAUAUAUAUAAAACCAGAUAUAUAUAUAUCCUGAAUUGAUUAUGUAUAUGUAAUAUUCUCUUUUUUCCUGACCACUUUACCCCAUAUAUCUUUUCGUGUAAUGAACAGUCUCUAAAAGAAAAAGUGGGUAGAUCAAUUAAAAAUGUGUGUUUUAAUGCAACCAAAUUUUGUGGGAUUUUUUUGGCAACAAUGGAUAAUUGAAGUUAAAUAGUUUAUGAUGAAUUUGUUAAGAAUUAUCUAGAAGUAAGC